UAAAAAGGCAGAUAGAUAGUAAAGUGUUUAAAACUGUGAGCGAGAGGGGCUGUUUAUCUACACUGUGGCAACAUAUAACGUCAGCUUCCUCCGUGACCGCAGUUUCCUCCAAACAACGGGAUGGUGUGAACAUCCAGAGAAGAGAAGAACAACUUUCAUAUCCUCACCCACCGGAGCGACUUCUACUUCAAAGUUUACUUGGGCACUUUCUGGAGACUCUGCAUGCUGGGGCUUGAAGCUGACUUCCUGCAGACUGCUUCAUAGAGAGGGAAACCUUUGUGAGAAGGCCUGUUCGCCCACCAUCCUCAUACUGGAAGCUACAGAAUGGCGAGAAGAUUCCCUGUUCCCUUGUUACUUCUUGCAAUAUGCUGCCUGGCAUCUGCAGGGCCAUUGUUUCGCAGCCCUUGUGAGCUGCUGCCGGUGGGGAUUGGACACCCGGUGCAGGCUACACUGAAGAGCUUCACCGCCCUGUCAGGCUGUGCAAGCAGGGGCACCACCAGCCUCCCUCAGGAGGUCCACAUCAUCAACCUGAGAGGACAUGUUCCAGAGGGACCAGACAACACCCCGGCUGAAGUUGAGCUGCAUCUGAAGCCGAUCCAGUCUCUGCUGCGCCACCAGAAGCCGCUGGUCUUUGUGCUCAACUCCCCCCAACCACUCAUCUGGAAGAUCAAGACAGAGAACCUGGCCCUGGGCAUUAAACGUACCUUUCAUGUAUCUGAGGGCUCAGAGGUCCACUUCCAGCCAGGAAACUUCUCCCUCUCCUGCCAGAUCCAGAAGGAGACCCUUCCCCAUGGCAAUGAGCACCUCCUUAACUGGGCCCAGAAGAAGUACAGGGCAGUCACCUCGUUCUCUGAGCUCAGGAUGACUCAAGACAUCUACAUCAAAGUUGGAGAAGAUCCACUGUUUUCUGACACCUGCAAAAUUGAUACCAAGUUCCUGUCUCUGAACUACCUGGGCGGCUACGUGGAGCCACAGGCAUCAAAGGGCUGUGUACUGUCCGGACCCGACAAAGACCAAGAAGUCCACAUCAUCGAGCUCCAAGCCCCCAACUCCAGCAGUGCUUUCCAGGUGGAUGUCAUAGUAGAUCUACGGCCUCUGGAGGACGAUGCCCCUCUGCAUCGUGACGUCGUCUUGCUGCUCAAGUGUGCCAAGUCUGUCAACUGGGUCAUCAAGGCCCACAGUGUGAUUGGCAAGCUGGAUGUAGUGGCCUCUGAUACCGUGAGUGUCAGCUCAAAUGUGGAGAGACUGAUGCAAGUGUCAAAAUCCCCUAGGCAGCACUUGCCAUCAGGGCCACAAGCACUGAUAAAGUGGGCAGGGGAGCAUGGCUACAGCCCAGUCACGUCUUACACCAACACUCCUGUGGCUAACCACUUCAAUAUCCGACUUAGAGAGCCAGAUGUGGUGGAUCCUCUGGAGAGCAUGUUGCCUCCAGAGCUCUCCAUCCUGCGCGACUCCAGUCCUCAUCCAAGAGCAGGAGCUGUGACACGGCACUCCAGCCUGCCCUUUCCCUUCCCUCCAUCUGUGUCUGACGGCCUACCCUACCUGCCUCUGUCCCCCUCCCUCGACGACCGGCCCUGGGAGAAUGGAGAGUUCGAGGAGCACCAGGGCAUUCUGAGUGUUGGCCUCAGUGUGCAGUGUGAGGACACGAGGAUGGUGGUCAGCAUCGACAAAGAAAGCCUGCAGGCGAACGGGUAUGCUCAUGCCAACCUCACGCUCCAAGACCCAGCUUGCAAAGCAACAGUCAAUGCCACCCACUACACACUGGAAACUCCUCUGACUGGCUGUCAGACCACCGUAUAUCCCAUGCAGGGCAGUCCAAUGGCCCUUUACAUCAACUCUGUCCUGAUAAGUCAUGCUGAGACUAAGGAUGGGAGUGGUGGGCCGCUGGAUUAUGAGGAUCUGGAAUCUGGAGACGUGCUGUUCCCGAGGGACCCAGUUGAGAGGACACUUACGGAGGCCCCAGAACACCAGUCAGUCAUAAUGUUCAACUGCACGUACCGAAAGAGCCAGGAAACCUCGGUGACACUUCCCAGGAUUGUACCAGGACCAGGAAGGCAACCAGUCAGCAACACGACAUUUAACAUGGAGCUGUACAACACACUGCCGUUCAACAAUCCUUCACGCCAGGCCUUCUUCACUGUUGCACAAAAGCAGGACGUUUUUGUGGAGGUCACAUCAACCACAUCAGAUCCAGAGCUGGGGUUCACCAUCAUAUCCUGCUUCAUUUCUCCCAACUCCAACCCCAGUGUGGCCUCAGACUACACUCUCAUUGAGACGGUCUGCCCCACAGACAACUCUGUCAAGUACUAUCCUCAGAGGGACUUCCCUGCGGAGAAGAAAAUUUUCAGCUUCAACUUCAACUCAAAGUUCAACAUGUCCCUGCUUUUCCUGCACUGUGAGAUGUCUCUGUGCUCCAAGAGACCUCUGAGCAGCCAAGGACUCUCGAAGUGCAUACAGCCCGGUGAGCCCUGCGAUUCUCUUGGUCUGGACAGUAUCAUGACCAUGAUGCUGAACACCAAGACGUCUACCAAGCCGCUGGUUGUGGUGGAUGGAUCUGGUCCCCGAGGUGAUGCAGUUACUCCUCCAAACAUUGCCCCCCCAAGCCCACGGUAUCCUCCUGACAACACGCUGUACGUGCUGGACACUCCGACAGUGGUGGGGAUCGCCUUCGCAGCCUUUGUGAUCGGGGCUCUGUUGACCGGAGCCCUGUGGUUUAUCUACUCACACACAGGUGAGACAGCUGGCAUGCAGCAGGUCCAGAAGUCCCAGCCGGCCUCAGAGAACAGCAGCGCAGCCCACAGUAUCGGCAGCACACAAAGCACACCCUGCUCCAGCAGCAGCACAGCGUAGCCCAGGACGCAGGCCAGCAGGACACAAAGCCCUGCCGUGCCACAGGAAGGGCCCGACGGUUCACAGGGACCGGUUAGUUGAUCUCCUUCCAUGAAAGGAAUUAUUUUUGGGGAAUGCAAUAGGAAGGAAAAAAUAUGAUAUGAAAAAAAAAACACACAGUUACACCUUUGGUUCUUAUAUGAAUUCCUUUUGUGCCACUUCAAGUGUGUGCAGACAAAUAUACUGUCCUGGUGUUACUGCUCUGUAAUGUAGUGAGACCCAGCUUGGCAGCCUCACCUUUAGUUAAAAAAAACUACAAAUGUGAGUUUAUUCCAGGCAUUUCUUUCCAAUCCAAAUGCUGCUUUUUUUCUGACCACAACACAGCCUUUAGUUUUGGCCUUACAUGGUGUGACUUAGGCUGUUUGUUACAAGCAGGUGCUCUCCAACAGCAGGCUGCAGUGAUGUCAGUAUUAGUGAGAGUGAUGUUCAUGGCUGGACUGUAACACGUUACUUCACAACAUGCAACCCUGAAGGUGGCAAAGGAGCAAAGCAACCACUAUUAACAUGCGGACAAAGUGCAGUAAGAAAGGAAAUGGUCGUCUUGACACAGAGAGAGAGAAUGGCUUCAAAAAGAUGCGAGUCAGCAUAGGUAUUGAAUGUAUACAGAAGAGUUAACGCCAAAAAAUGUGAAAGAAAAAUGUGAAAGACAUGCUGAUAAAAUACCACAUUCUAUAAUGUACUCAUUCUUCCCUCAUAAUGGAUUUAAACAUACAGCUUGGUAAAGCAUAAUUUACCAGUGCUCUCUAUACAGUAGUUGUAGUGAUGCAUUUCAGUAGACAGGAGUCUGAGUGUUACAAAACUUCAUAGGGGCAUUAUGGGUUCCCUUUUACUAGUAGUCAUUAAUGGAGUAGUUCAGCAUUUUGGGAAAUGUGUUUAUUUGCUGUUUGUCCAAAAGUUAGAGGAGAAGAGUGCUUUAAAAGGAAUAUUUCAACCACAGAAUGAUCACUUGUAAAUCACCCCGUUUUAAACUGAGAAGAAAACUUUGCUUUUCUGGCAUGCCUCCACAGUGAAGGAAGAAUCGAAAUAAACAGAGAACAUUUUGAUGAAUUGGAGUAUAAGGGGUCUGCGUUCAACAAGAGCAAAGCUAAAUAAAAACAUCUGUUUAACAAACUCUUACACAACUCGUGCAGCCUAACUCAAGUCUCAUUUAUCCAGUCGUGCACUCUGUGCUUCCUAAACAGACAGAUCCUCUCUAAAGGGGAAUUGUACUAAAGGUUUUCGCCAACUGGUGACAUGACCGGUGCCUUGAUCUAUAGUUUGUUUGUGUUAUUGUGUGACUUUGCUAAAUCUGAAGUAACCUUCUAAAGCACCAAAGUCACACAAUAACCCUAACUGAUCAAGCCAGCGAUUGACCAGAAGCUCCUGUGUUCAGUGAGAUAAGACGACCUUUACAUUUUUGUCAAUGGAGUCUGGCUUUGAGGAGAGC